UAUUAAUCUGAUUGUAGGUAGGAUAUGUGCCUUCAAAUGAACAGCUUACUGCCCAGACUUGCCCAGGAAGUAUACCCCCACAAGAUAUGAUAACAACAGUGUCAUCCAUAUCUUCACAUUCAAAUACAACAUCAAGUAUUUUCAACACAACACAUUCUGUGACCGACUCGAUUUCGACAACCAUGCCAUCAGCUGUCACCCCCAAUGCAACUAGUGUGAUGACACAACCAUAUACAUCAGACACGCAGUCAAUUGAUAGUUUUACAUCUAUGGUAUCAACUUCCUCGUCGACAACACAAUCAUCAACAUCAGCAGCAACAACAAGAACAGCGGCGACGACCACGAUGGGAACAACAACGCUUUUGCCGUCAACUGUCUUUACAACGGCACCACCGACACUGUUUUCGCUUCCAGGUGAUACAAGUCUUUGCUCGAGCGACCUCGCUUCCUUUGCAUCAAUAAGCAGCGGUUCUUUGGGACAGUUUGGGUCGAGUUGCUACGUAGUAAGUAGCCGUUUAGAGCACUGGGCAUCUGCUGAACGCACAUGUAACACCCAUGGUGGUCAUUUGGUCCAUGUUGGAAGUCAAGCAGAAAACGACUACCUUAUUGCAUUCCUCAACAAGUAUUACAAUCACCAUUCUGUCUGGAUUGGUUUACACGAUGAACAAACGGAAGGAAACUUUGUUUGGACGUCUGGUGAUCCUUUAACGUUUCAAAAUUGGGCGCCUACAAAUGAGAUGACUAUAGUUCACGGUAUAGAGGAUUGUGUUGUCAUGGAUACGAGAACACUCACAGGACACUGGGACGACCGAGACUGUUCAUUUGAAUUGAACGGAUACAUUUGUCAAUUUGGUACUACAUCAUCACCGUUACAAAGUACAACUCCAAAUGUUUUUCCGACAGUUGUUUUCGCAGCUGGAGAUGGUGACACCGACCAAUGUCCAUCGAACGUUCGGGCGCAUGCGCUGAGCAAUGGUGGCGUUUUGGCCCAAUACGAGAGAGCAUGCUUUGAAUUACUCCCGACCACCCGCUACUCCUGGGAACAUGCUGAAAACGUUUGCAAUAACAACGGUGGCCAUCUCGCUCAUAUCAGCAGUCAAGAAGAACAAAAUUUCGUCCAGAGCUUCAUAAACAGACAUUUCCCACUACAUGCUGUGUGGAUUGGCUUGAAUGACGUCCAUAAUGAGGGGACAUUUACAUGGACCUCUGGAACAAGUGUUCGUUACACAAACUGGAUGCCUGGACAUGUGUCCAACACGCUUGGUGGUUCCGGGUUUGAGGAUUGUACAGUGCUGGUACCAUACAGGGAGGGACAGUGGGAUGACGUCCAUUGUGGCUAUGAGGCAAUCUUUGGCCAUGAUUCUGGAGAAGUGCACUAUGCCUUCUGUCGAUAUAAAAUACACAGUCAAGGAGCUAGUAUUGUUGGAUGAAAUAUGCAAAACAGAAAAAAAUAAAGCCUUUUAGAAUAAA